UUUACGUCAAACUCUCUCUGCACAGAGUUAAAUUGAGUUUGUAUCGUGGUUUUAUCCUUUGAGCGAAAAUGGUGAAAGCAACCAAAGCAGAGAAGAAGAUCGCUUACGACAGCAAGCUAUGUCAGCUUAUCGAUGAGUACUCCCAGAUCUUGGUCGUUGCGGCCGAUAACGUCGGAUCAACUCAGCUCCAAAACAUCAGAAAGGGUCUUCGUGGAGACUCCGUGGUGCUUAUGGGGAAGAACACUAUGAUGAAGCGUUCCGUUAGGAUUCACUCUGAGAACACCGGAAACACUGCAAUCCUUAAUCUGCUUCCUCUCCUUCAGGGAAACGUUGGUUUGAUCUUUACCAAAGGUGACCUCAAGGAAGUGAGCGAGGAGGUUGCUAAGUACAAGGUUGGUGCCCCUGCCCGUGUGGGUUUGGUUGCUCCAAUUGAUGUGGUUGUCCAACCUGGAAACACUGGUCUCGACCCAUCCCAAACAUCUUUCUUCCAGGUUCUUAACAUCCCAACCAAGAUUAACAAGGGUACUGUCGAAAUCAUCACCCCAGUUGAGCUUAUCAAGCAAGGUGACAGGGUCGGUUCUUCUGAGGCUGCCCUUCUAGCCAAGCUUGGCAUCAGGCCUUUCUCAUAUGGUCUUGUUGUCCAGUCUGUUUAUGACAAUGGCUCAGUCUUCAGCCCAGAGGUUCUUGAUCUUACAGAAGACCAACUUGUUGAGAAGUUUGCUUCUGGUAUCUCCAUGGUCACUUCCUUGGCCCUUGCUAUUUCUUAUCCUACCCUUGCUGCUGCACCGCAUAUGUUCAUCAAUGCGUACAAGAAUGCCUUGGCUAUUGCUGUUGCCACUGAGUACACCUUCCCUCAAGCAGAGAAGGUCAAGGAAUUCUUGAAGGAUCCAAGCAAGUUUGCUGUUGCUGCAGUAGCGGUGUCUGCUGAUGCAGGUGGUGGUGGUGGUGCUCAAGCUGCUGCUAAGGUAGAGGAGAAGAAAGAAGAGUCAGACGAAGAAGACUAUGAGGGUGGUUUUGGUGUGAAUUUCACUUUUUCGUUUGAUGGAUUCGUAAAAUCUCCGAGUUUUGACAAGAGUGUUGCUCUGUUUGGAGAUUCCAAGCUGGUCAAUGACAGUUCUUCGAUUCAGCUGACUGACUCAGUGAGUCAGAGCGAGGGACGAGUCUUUUAUAGGAAACCCAUCCAUCUAUUCAAAGGUAAAGAGAGGAACUCGGUUAUUUUCUCGACUUACUUCUCGUUUUCGAUGCCCAAUGAGAUUGGUGAUGUCUUGGGUUUUGUAAUGGUUCCAAGUACUUUGGAUCUUAGUCUGUUUGGUAAGAAAGAUUACAGUUCCUCUGCUUUAGGGUUUCUACUAGAGUAUGCAAAGAACGAGACAGUUGUUGCUUUUGAGUUUGAUAUCUCCAAGAGAGGAAACCGUGCAAGAAUCUUAAUUGGUAGACCUCAAUCUGCUGAAAUUAGAAACCUUUCGUUUGUGGGUGACUUGAUGAUGAACAAUGGAGGGACUUUGAGCUGUAUGAUUGAUUAUGAGGCAAGUUCUAAGAGAAUGAUGGUUCGUUUCAGAAAACGUGGUUCGAUAAAGCUGUUUGAUCCAUUCUUCUCUUUCUCGGUAGACUUGGAGAAGCUUUGGAAAGGUGGUGAAGUCAUGGUGGGUUUAAGCUCUGCUAAUGGGAACUCUUCCAAGCCACAUUUUCUCCAUUCAUGGAGCUUUGAAAUAAGGCAUCUUGAUCCGAUAUGGGUGCAACCAACGCCAUUUGGACCGAAUGAAGGUUUGAAGCCGGACGUUUCCACGGAAGUGGAAGAGGGCCGAGAGAGAAGUGAGUGUAUAUGGAGAAUGCUUGGUACUUUGGUCUUGGGUGCGGUAUGUGGAGCCUUAGGGGCAAUGUCAGCUAUGUAUCUUUGGACAAUAUGCGGUGUUAGGAGGUCAAUGGUCGUGGUUCCAGAGGAAUGUGCAGUGAGCAUUGUGGUCGUUGAUGUUAAAGAUGGCAAGAAGUAGUGACAAGUUUGUUUGGCUUUGGUUUUGUUUAAGAAGGUUGUCUUGUGUUGUAGUGUAAAUGUAGUACCUUCCUUCCACUUCCUCUGGUGUUAUCUUUAUUUAGUGUUUCUUCUAUCUGCUUCGUUAGUUGCAGGUUUCACAUGUAAAAUCUCUAUGAAAAGAAGCCGUAAUCUUAUUUGAUCUUUGCAAAAUUAACUUAGUUUACUGAU